AUUCAAUUGCAGUUUUGACAUUUGCAUAGGGCUCACUGCGUGUAAGGAUUGCUGGACGAAUCCCAAGGCGGCAGUGACUAUACAAUCUCGCCGCAAAUUCUCGCCGCGAAGGGCCAUGUCACAAUGCCAGAGGGUAUGGACAUACCCAUGUCCUCCAUGCGGGCCAUGUCUGUCUGGAUAAUAGCCAUGGGGGCCAGGCCCAAGGUCCCGAAUACGUUAUGUUGCAUGAGCAAGGGGUGAGAAUGUGCCUGCGACCGAAUUAGACGAUUUCGCUGUACUAUUUGAUAAUAUGUGACAUUUUUCCACCAAGAUCAUUCCAUUCUCUUUUUCUUCUGUUCACGGCAGGAUGAGCCCGGAUUCCUCAUUUAAAAGCCUUCCCUUGGUCAUUCACUGGUACCCUCCCCCCUCUGCGGCGCUCACGACCAGCGGAACAAGCUUGCCUCCUUUGUUCUGUUUUCUUUUCUGGGAAAGUUACAGUGGGGUUGUCCAACAUGUUCAGGCGCGCUCUUUUCUUCCUUCUCCUCUUCACUGCUUCCGUGUUCGCCUUCCCCGCCCACAGGCGGGAGUUACGCCGCCUUGCACCUCAGCUUCGGGACCCUGUGCACGGAGAAACGAACGCGAAGCGAUUCGCGAACGGCCUGCCUCCUUUACCACCAGCUUGGAGGAGGAAUAUUAGGGCCUCACGAACUGACGCGGCCAAAAGGGCACAGGGCAGCGGCACAACGACUUGGAGCGGCAGAAUUAAAGUAACUGGCGCGUCGGGUGGUGGGGCCCUUGUUGGCGCUUUUUUGUCUCUUCUGGGAUUGAUCAAUAGCUAUAUCGUAGGCAAGGCAUCAAGCGCCGAUACGUUUACGGCCACGUUAUUUCAAAGUGGUAUCACUCAGAGCGUGAGCUUUAAGGACACUAAUGCUCCGAGUUCUCAUCCCUAUUUGGCUGGUCUUGUCUCGCCGGGUUCCCCACUCCGUACGACAAAUCAGAAUUUUGCUACUUUGGGAGAUUCUGUGCAAACUUCUCCCAAUAGUACCCCUCAAUCUGGCGGUGGAGUUUCCAUUGCUGGAGACGAAUACGAGACGGCGAUCUGGGAUUAUGACGCCUCAUCUCAGAAUAUUGCACCCAAGUGGGUAAAUCAUGAUAGCAGUGAGCACGCCAGCGAUCUCAAUCUUGUGGAUGCAACUGGACAGGCGAUUUACCUCACGGCCAAUCCGACGGGCGUUACCAGCGCUCAUCUGGGUCACAAAUUGUGGUGCAUAGCUCGUCGAGUCUUCCGGGAGACUAGCGGUUGA